GACUAGCCCCUUGAGGGGCAGAUGCUCGAGAGAAUGGAGGAGCACGUAGAGGGAGGCUCUGAACUUGGGGAGCAGAAGGUCCUGAUUGAUAAUCUUGCUGACAUUCUGGUCAUUGCUGCGUAUUUCCUGCUGGUCAUUGGUGUUGGCUUGUGGUCUAUGUUCAGAACCAAUAGAGGCACAGUUGGUGGCUACUUCCUGGCAGGACGGAGCAUGGUGUGGUGGCCGGUUGGAGCGUCUCUGUUUGCCAGCAACAUCGGCAGCGGUCAUUUUGUGGGCCUGGCAGGGACUGGUGCAGCAAGCGGCUUGGCAGUGGCUGGAUUUGAGUGGAAUGCGCUCUUUGUGGUGUUGCUUCUCGGAUGGCUCUUCGUGCCAGUGUAUCUGACGGCCGGUGUGAUUACAAUGCCUCAGUACCUCCGCAAGCGCUUCGGUGGCCACCGCAUUCGCCUCUACCUGUCGGUGCUUUCGCUCUUUUUGUACAUUUUCACCAAGAUCUCGGUGGAUAUGUUCUCCGGGGCAGUAUUCAUUCAACAGGCCCUGGGCUGGAACAUUUAUGCUUCCGUCAUCGCACUCUUGGGCAUCACCAUGAUUUAUACUGUGACAGGAGGGCUGGCGGCACUGAUGUACACAGACACCGUGCAGACCUUUGUCAUUCUUGCUGGGGCCUUCAUCCUCACUGGUUAUGCUUUCCAUGAAGUGGGCGGGUACUCGGGUCUCUUCGACAAAUACCUGGGAGCAGUGACGUCACUGACGGUGUCCAAGGAUCCAGCUGUUGGCAACAUCUCCAGCUCCUGCUACCUGCCGAGGGCUGACUCCUACCACCUGCUGCGUGACCCUGUGACAGGAGACCUGCCGUGGCCUGCGCUGCUCCUGGGGCUUACCAUUGUCUCAGGCUGGUAUUGGUGCAGUGAUCAGGUAAUAGUGCAGCGCUGCCUGGCUGGGAAGAAUUUGACUCACAUCAAAGCUGGGUGCAUCUUGUGUGGCUACCUGAAGCUGAUGCCCAUGUUCCUCAUGGUCAUGCCAGGCAUGAUCAGCCGCAUUCUUUACCCAGAUGAGGUGGCAUGUGUGGUUCCUGAGGUGUGUAAGCGGGUGUGUGGCACUGAGGUGGGCUGCUCUAACAUCGCCUACCCACGGCUCGUUGUGAAGCUCAUGCCCAAUGGUCUGCGUGGGCUCAUGCUGGCCGUCAUGCUGGCCGCCCUCAUGUCUUCCCUGGCCUCCAUCUUUAACAGCAGUAGCACGCUCUUCACCAUGGAUAUCUACACACGCCUGAGGCCUCGUGCAGGCGACAAGGAGCUGCUGCUAGUUGGAAGGCUUUGGGUGGUGUUCAUCGUGGCGGUGUCCGUGGCUUGGCUGCCCGUGGUGCAGGCUGCGCAGGGAGGGCAGCUCUUCGAUUACAUCCAGUCUGUCUCCAGCUACCUGGCGCCUCCAGUGUCUGCAGUCUUUGUGCUCGCACUCUUCGUGCCCCGUGUGAAUGAGAAGGGAGCCUUCUGGGGACUAAUUGGGGGCCUGCUGAUGGGCCUGGCUCGGCUCAUCCCCGAGUUCUUCUUUGGCUCGGGCAGCUGUGUGCGGCCCUCGGCGUGCCCAGCGCUCUUCUGCCGGGUACACUACCUCUAUUUCGCCAUCAUUCUCUUCAUCUGCUCUGGCCUCCUCACCCUCGGAAUCUCCCUGUGCACCGCGCCCAUCCCUCAGAAGCAUCUCCACCGCCUGGUUUACAGUCUCCGGCACAGCAAGGAGGAGCGGGAGGACCUGGAUGCUGAUGAGUUGGACAGUCCAGCCCCUCCCCCUGUGCAGAACGGGUGUCAGGAAUAUGCAAUGGGGAUGGAAGGUAAGGCACACCCCAGGAGCGUAUCCUGGGAAGCUCGCGAGCUAACUCCCUUCAGACUAACUGUGUGCUCCCCAUUUCUUCCAGAGGUCCAGUCCCCAGCUCCAGGCCUGCUCCGCCAGUGCCUGCUCUGGUUCUGUGGGAUGAGCAGGAGUGGGUCAGGGAGUCCUCCACCCACUUCCGAGGAGGCGGCUGCAAGCACCAGGCGACUGGAGGACAUCAGUGAGGAUCCGAGCUGGGCCCGAGUAGUCAACCUCAACGCCCUGCUAAUGAUGACUGUGGCUGUGUUCCUCUGGGGCUUUUAUGCAUAAAGUCAAGUGU